GCUAAGGGAGCGAGAGGAAACAAAAGCAUGGAAGCUAAAACGCCGCAGUACAAAACCUCAAGAAGAUGGUUUCUUCAACAAUGGACAGCAAUAGCUUUUACAUUUGCCUUAGUUCCACUCACUCAAUCAUUGAAUUACGCAGAAGCUCUCUCCAAAAGUCUACUUUAUUUCGAAGCUCAACGCUCCGGCCGUUUGCCUUACAAUCAAAGAGCUAUUUGGCGUCACCAUUCCGGCCUUACUGAUGGCCUUGAUCAAGGGGUGGAUUUGGUGGGAGGUUAUUAUGACGCCGGCGAUAAUGUUAAGUUUCAACUUCCGAUGGCUUUCACUAUAACGAUGCUUUCGUGGAGCGUCAUUGAAUACGGCGGAGAUAUAGCAGCUGCAGGCGAGUAUAAGUACGCGCUUGAGGCUAUCAAAUGGGGAACUGAUUACUUCAUCAAAGCGCACACUCAUCCUCAUGUUCUUUGGGUUCAGGUUGGUGAAGGAGAAACAGAUCAUUAUUGUUGGCAAAGACCGGAGGACAUGACCACAUCUCGUCGAGCUUACAAAAUCGACGAGAAAUAUCCCGGAUCAGAUGUCGCCGGAGAGACAGCAGCCGCCUUGGCGGCUGCGUCAAUCGUGUUUAGGAGAACAAAUCCACAGUACUCUCACCUUCUCCUGAUCCAUGCAGAACAGUUGUUUGAGUUUGGUGACAAGUUUAGAGGGAAGUAUGAUGCGAGUGUAGGAGCAGCAAAAGGUUACUAUCCAUCGUUGAGUGGUUACAAGGAUGAGUUGUUAUGGGCAGCUUUGUGGUUAUACAAAGCCACCGACAAUUCCCAUUAUUUAAAUUAUGCUUUACAAAAUGCUCAAUCUUUUGGCGGGAUCACUUGGGCCAUCUCCGAAUUCAGUUGGGACGUCAAAUACGCUGGUCUUCAACUACUUGCCUCUACGCUGCCAAUUAGGCAAGGGAAGGGAGAGGAAGAAGAACUUAGCAAAAUUCUCCAAGACUACCGUUCGAAAGGAGAACACUACAUUUGCGCUUGUCUGAACCAAAACAAUAAAACUAAUGUGCGUCGCACCCCAGGAGGCCUCCUCUAUAUCCGCCAAUGGAACAACAUGCAGUACGUCGCCAAUGCAGCAUUUCUCCUCAUGGUCUAUUCAGAUCAUCUCAGGGCAACCAAUCAGAUGGCCAGAUGCGAACGCCGUUUUGUGGGACCCGAGGAAAUCUUCGCCUUCGCUAAAUCACAGGUGGACUAUAUCUUGGGUUUGAACCCAAUGGGUAUGAGUUACUUGGUUGGCUAUGGAGCCAAGUAUCCCCGAAGGGUGCACCAUAGGGGUGCAUCGUUGGACUCUUACAAAAAGAAGAAGAGCUUCAUUAGUUGUACCCAAGGCUAUGAUAACUGGUUCGGACGCAAGAAUCCAAAUCCCAAUACAUUAAUUGGGGCAUUAGUUGGUGGGCCAGAUAAUAAGGAUCGGUUCAAUGAUCAUAGAAGAAAUUACAUGCAGACAGAGGCUUGUACUUAUAACACAGCACCUAUUGUUGGGAUAUUUGCAAAAUUGCAUGCGCUGGAAAGAGAUACCGACAUCGAAGAUUCACAAUUAUUUUCUGCUAAUAAAUAGUUUCACUAUUGAUGAUAAUUCCACGUAAAGCCAAUGUUUUGAUUUGAUUGAAGAAAGAAAUACAACAAAGGAAAGUCAAAAGUAUAUAUAUAUAUAUAUAGUAGCUCCAUUUGUUAAAACAGUGUAUUCUUCUUAUGCUGUUCCACGAUCAUCUUCUAUGAAUAAUAAGAUUCACAUU